UGUGUAAGCUCGUUAACUCGAUCUACUAUCCUUUGUCUUAUUCUAUAUGUUUUCGCGAGAGUGCGAUUUUCAAAGCCUAUAUAGCUUGCCCCCGCCCCCACGCGCUUAUAUCGUGUAGCUAUAACAUCACCCACACGCAUAAGGAAGUAUAUUAGUAUAAUGUACGGAGCGAAAUCAGGCAUUGUCUGCGAUCUUAAAUUAUUCGUCGCGCGCUGCUGACGCGCUCCUGAUGUGUGUGUGUGUGCGUGUGUGUGUGCGGCGCAAGAAACUUUGGCACCGGCCGGGUAUAUAAAUGCGCGACGUCGUGGAAACUUCGAAAACUCUCAUCUAUCAUGUUGAAACGCCUUACGCGAAAAUAGUCGCAAGGAUAGCCGCAAGGUCGGACGGCGAAGCGCGCGCUUAUAUAGCUUUUUCUUCUUCUUCUUCCAUGUCGAUGAUGAUCUCUGAUAUAGGACGAUCGCUCGCGUACUAUCAGUAAAUAUAUGUAUACGAUUUUGCUGUUAUACAUGCUGGAUUAUUGGCAUAGGCGUAGGGGGCGUGACGCGUUAAAAAGUUUCCAUUCUCUUCCAUUUCGUUGCCGAUAUUUCGCUGCGAGCUGAUUAUAGUAUAUAUAUAUACGGAAUCGGACAGGUUAUACGCGCGAUAUUUUGAAGCAGAAGAGAACUUUGUAUAAAACAUCUAUUUAUGCAACAGAGUUGGGAUAUGUUAGAAUUUUAAAAUUUUAAUAGAGUUGAUGCGCGAAUAUUGACCGGACAUUGGCUGCGGCUGGAGAGGGCGGAACGAGAGAUGCACUUAUAAUUGCGACUAUUAUACCGAUAAAAUAAUGCCCCGCGACUAUCUUACUCGACAUGUCUUACUACUCUUACUCAUUGAAUUAUUAUAUUUUUAAUCGUUGUAGCCGUAUACGCCAAAUUAUAACAACCUGAGAUUAAACGCAUUUAGUACAAUCACUUCGGUAUAGCAGUAUAUCUAUAUAUAGGAAGGUCAGCUUUAUACAUAAGCAGCCGACUUGUCAUCAGACUGUUUCGGCGGGAAAAAGUGCGGCAGUCGCUGAUGCAUGUGCUCGCUUGUUGGUUAGAAACUUGAAACUUUGCAGAGCUGCUGCUGCUGCAAAAAAAGUGAACAAUUUAGCUUUAUCGUCGAGCAUAAAGUUGAUUCGAAUAGUCGACUGCACUGACUCAGCCUGCUGACUGCCGUUAGUAAGAAUCAACGAACCUCGUGCACAUGCAACAGGUGCAUAGUUUAGUUUGUGAUGCCUUAUAGUGUUAGCAAACUUGUCGAAGGAUAAAUAUCGUCAGAGAUGUCGAAAGGGACGUUUAACUGCAGUGGAAAAGUGAACCUGCACGACUGGCAAUUGAACAGCACGAGUUUAUUCAUGCAGAAGGAUCUGCACAAUGUGUUGCAUGAGAGGCCACCUUUGAAUUCUCUUUUCAAAGUUUUCGAAUGCGAACUACCGGGAAUCGAUAUUCUCAUGAAUCUCAAACACUAUGUUCGAUGCAUGGAAUCAAAUUUGAAAAAGUUAUGCAGAUUCAAAAAGAUACCUGUACUGGCAAAACUUACGGCUACAAACGAGGAAAUUGAUUUUUUUGCCAUUCGUAAAGUAGUUUGCGAAUUUUUAUACAAUUUGCGCAGCUACAUCAAGAGUAUCAGAGAAGACAAUUUUACCAUUAGAGAUGUAGGAGAUGAAUCAGAAAAAGAUUUUGAAGAUCUGUUGGAUACAAUGCAAAGGUUCCUUGGCCGUUUGCAUUGCAUACCUGACUCCACAUUUUUGUAUGCUCCAUCAAACGUUGGAAAUAAGAGUAACCAGCCUGAGUAUCACUUGUAUCACAGUCAUCUUGAUCUCAGAUGGCUAUUAACAACCAUAAUCUGCAUCAAAAGUAAUUCAUGGCACGAGUCAGAAAGCAACAACGAGCAUUUGGAAAACAUCAUUUUUUCGGCUCUAGCUGAUUUAAUUUACAUAUCUAUGAAGAUAUUCGUGACAAUUCCCAACACAGAUCUACACACAAGAACUCCAUAUAGCUGCUCAUGUGUGCGAGAGCUCUGGCUUAUGUUGCAGAUUCUUGCUGAUUCUCUAUUUACAAAAGAAAAAUGCAAGAUGUUCUGGGAAUUUCUUAAUUCCAUUCUGGAUCAACUAUUCCCCAAUGAAUACAGAAGUACUUCAAAAUUGCAAAAUAUCAAUUUGCCUGAUUGUAAAAACUCAGAAGUAUUUUGCAUCUGGUUAAUCUACCAUUUGACCUUACUUUAUGGGUAUGCCGAUGAUGGAGUAUAUUCGAAUAAGCCAUCUACUCGGAUGACAGAAAAACAAAUCAGCUGCAGCAUGGCGCAAGUUGUUAAGAUUAUGAAAAUUUACAUUAACAAAGGUGGAAAAGAUGGAGCUAGAGAAGAGGUUGAUGACGAGUUGUGUGUUAUUAUCCCUUUAGUUCAUGUUUUAAGCUGUGAGUGGUGGUCACCCCAAGUUCAAAUCAUCUCUCUUUUGUGGGAGUGCUUUCAUCGACGAUUAGACCAACCAUUCCUCUUGCAAACUAGAGGACCAUGGUCUACAUCGAGUGAAAAAAAAACUCCAAUGGACAUCUUAGAGCAAAUCAAAAGUAGGAUUAAAAAUACAAACCACGAAAUUAAUCAUGAAUCCAGUUUUGGUCUAUUCCUACGACUCUUAGGAAAAUUUCUGGAGAAACAUUACAGUCGUAGUGAAACAAAAGUAUGGAACCAAAUAAAAGGACGUAUAUACUCUAGAUUUUCUCAAAAUAAACUGCAGGAUUAUUCUGAAUCUGGCAUCUAUAACUUUAUUUCACUGUUCCUCACCUUAGCUGUGACAACAGAUACUGUUGAUGUGUGCUCAGCUAUGGUAAAUUUACUGCCAUCAACUAUAGAUUGGAGUGACCCUUCUAACUCAAAAAAGUAUUGCCUCAUUUGGAAGAGUAAGCUAGCUGUUUUGCUUCUGUAUAAUGAUUGUAAAUAUUCUUUCAAAGACAUUGCCGAAAGCUACACCGAGACGGCUAAUGCAAUAAGCUGUCGAAAAGACGAGUUCUCUCGUUCUAUGAUGGUCUGGUUCAUAGACGUUUUAAGGAUUACUUUAAUGCAAAGUGAAGAUUUUGGACGUCACGAGCAUGCUUUUCUUGGAGGGUGGAUAGAUCGUUAUCUUUUAGAAAGUGCUCCAAACAAAGUUGGAGUUUUGACCAGCACUUUGUUGAAGGUUUUUGAAAAAUGCAAUGAUCUCCUAAGCAGUAAUACUAUGGGAAGUACCUUGAUGCUUAAUUCCUUGUGGCAGCAUGUGGCCUCCAGAGUACGUCAGAUGGUCACGAACUGUGACUUAAGUACAGACUUUUACGAAAACCCAACAAAGCUUGCUGUUGCUUUUACACUCGAAGCGUGUCGUGAUCCAUCUACGGCUAAAAAAUAUCGACACUCGGCUGUUUCACUUUUUCAGCAUUUCACUAUGUCUGUGAUUAUUAAAGAUAUAAGGAUUACUCGAUUAUACCUAACUGCAAUCUUGCAAAAUGAGAUUGCUCUAGAAACUUUAAGAAAAGAAAUAGCCACUUUCAACACAUUAUGCAUACAGGCAUGGGUAAAAUGUAAUAUAUUAAAUUGCGAAAUCAAUAGUGACACGCAUUUUUUGAAGAACUACAUUUCCCAUUUGCCAGAAAUAAAAAGCAUAUUAGACUCUGAAAGAGACAUUAAUGAAUUUCGGAAUAGCAAUGAACCCAUUAUUAAUUUUUUUAUGGUUAUUUCGAAAAAACGAGCUACAUUAAAGGCAGAACAAUGUUCGUCUUUUGACGCUACAUGUAGAUCCUAUUUACAUAAUCUGGACAAAUGGGCUUUACAACUUAUAAAUGAAGAAAACAAGGAUACGAAAUUAUCAUUUUGGAUUUAUAGAUGCAUAGGAACAGUUAUUUUCUGCUGUUCACCCGUAUUAUACGUAAAGAACCAACCAAGCAACAUGUUGCGGGUAUUGAUUAAUAAAGUGGCUUUACCUCCCGAGCAACCAGCCCAACCACAUUUGGUGCACUUAGCCCAAAGAAUAUUUCACAUGAUUAUAUUAGGCAUAGAGAAUUUGAAUGUGAAAACGGACAUCUCUCUGCAAACUAUGAUAAGAGAACUUUUUGAAAGAUAUCUCCCGUUGUUGAUAACAGUGGAAACAUCUAACGAAAAUGCUUUCAAGGUGGCAGAUUCACUUUCAAAAUGCUUUUUGGAAGCAAAACCCAAUUUCGUCCGUUCAAUUUUAGAUAUGUUAGCAGCUAAUUUCGUCACUAUUUGCGGAAGUAAUUCCACUCACAAGCAUUGCUACUUGGUGAUGCUACUAUUGAGGAAUCUUAUUAGAGCUGGGAAGAUUUAUUCUAUCGACGUUUUAGAUUCAAUUGUUUCAGUUUCUGCCUCAUCGGUAUUUAAUUGUUACAUGAGAGUUCAUGAUCAUCAUCCUCACAAGCAACAAGCAAUUGAUUUUCUAAAAGACGUCUCUUUAAAUUCUUACUAUAAAGAAAACCUAUCGCUUAGGGAAAAAUUAAACGAAAUCGUUUGGAACGUGUUGAAUAAGUAUGUCCAAACGAAUUCAAAAGUUAGUUUUGAAUUCGUGAGUUCUAUCUCAAAAAUCAAUAUCGAACUGCUAAAAUAUGUCUAUCCACGUAUUAAGCAGAUCGUAUCAGAAUGUGAAAAAAAUAAACUUCCAAACGCAGCUGCACUAAGAUACUCACUCGACAGUUUAAAAAGAAGUAUAGAACUCCUUAAAUCGAAAUCUUGAAAAAACUACUUGACUUUUCAAAGCAAAGACUGAUACAAUUUUAGCAAUUAUAUGACAAGACUACACUCUCGAUACAGUCUUUAAUUUGAAGAUUUACGGUGAUUUUGCCGAGAACGCUGAUGUUUUGGUGGUGUCACUGAAAGCAUGGGUCAUUUAAUAAAGUCCAGGCGAGAAACGGCAGUUCGGACAGCGCUGCGUAAUGAUGGUUCCGUAUUAGUGUUCACUAGAGAAUCAAGUCUUUCAACAUAAGAAUCGAUAUUUUGUGGCGUUGCACCUUCAAAGCAAUCUAACGACAGAAAUGUAUAAAUUAGACUACUGCGUGAAUAUAAAUUUGUACAAGUUAUAUUAAGUUUAAUACAAAAACGUAUUAAAUGAAUAUAUUAUUUAUUUUAUUAGCUAUACACACCUGUUAAAGGUAUAUUGGCAAAACAGGAAGCUAAUUGAGAUCUCAACAUAUCUAAAUGUCGUUGCAAAGCCUCAUUAGCUGUUUGUUGAUAAUUUGUUUCAGUCUCCAAUCUAUUUACAGCUGUAUGCAAACUAUCUACAUGUCGUUGCAGAACAGCAUUCUGUGAUUCAUAAUCGGCUGUAUUUUUUCGUAAUUGGCGCAACUCUACUUCGCAUGCUAAAAACAUAACAAUUUUCAUAAUUUAAUGCUGUUUUCGAAAUUACCUCAAGUUAAAAGAGUUAUAUACAUAAAUAUAUUUUCUUACA